AUGGCCGGCUUCGAUUCCUCCAAGGCUUAUGCCGAGCAAGAGGACGUAUAUUUCAACGAUGGACGCGAGGUCGAGCUCCAGCGCUUCGUGUGCUCUCGCCCGAGUCUUGAGAAAUUGAAAGGAUCGCCUCAAGAGGUUCUGGCUGCCAUCGACGAAUUUGGCAGGCAGCGUAAGUAUCUUAUGAACAUUGGGUCUGAAAAAGGCGCCAUUGUUGCCGACUUGAUCGCGAGCCUGAAGCCGAAAAUAAUGGUCGAACUUGGAGGCUAUGUAGGCUACUCGGCAGUCUUAUUUGGCGAUGCCUUGCGUAGCGCAGGUGGAGAGCGAUUCAUUUGCAUCGAGAAGAAUCCCGAGUUUGCCGCUGUCGCAAGGUCCAUGGUCGAGCUGGCAGGAUUGAGCUCCAUCGUGGAAAUCCAUGUUGGCUCGGCAGACGAGACUCUCAAGCGACUGCAUUCCAGCGGUGUUUUGGAAUCCAUCGAUCUCUUAUUUCUGGAUCACGUUAAGCCAGCCUACCUACCGGAUUUGAAGACCUGCGAAAACUUGCAAUUGGUCCGGCCUGGCAGCGUGCUGGCCGCGGACAACGUCAUUAAGCCAGGCAACCCGCCAUACCUAGAGUAUGUGAGGAGCACAGUGGAGGACAAGCAAAAGGCGGCACGCAACAGGACGAUGGAGGACGCUGCCGCACGCGGUGAUCCUAGUCUAAUAUACCAAAGUGAGCUCAUCCAUAGCUUUGAGCCUACUGGGAUACCUGUGAGUCUACGUUGCCUUACACGAUGA